AUGGCAGCCAAGAGGAUACUGGUGUAUCGAAAUGGGGACGCCUUCUUCCCAGGCCACCAGCUGGUGGUGACCCAACGCCGCUACCCCACCAUGGAGGCUUUCCUUUAUGAGGUGACAUCAGCUGUGCAAGCCCCACUGGCUGUACGUGCCCUCUACACACUUAGUGAUGGCCACCCUGUCACCAACUUGGCUGACCUACAGAACGGAGGACAAUAUGUGGCUGCUGGCUUUGAACGAUUCCACAAGAUCCACUAUUUGCCUCCUGAAAGGAAACACCCAGGUGGGAAGACUAGGCAACAACAUCCUCCUGUGUCUCAGCGCCCGUGUGAUGGUGUCUUUGGACAGUGGUUGCCAGCAGAUGCCCCCUGCUACAUCCAUGUGUUCAGGAACGGGGAUCUGCUAAGUCCCCCCUUUGGUCUGAAGCUGUCCCAGACUGCCAUCCAGGACUGGGAAAUGGUGUUGAAGCUGCUCAGUGAGAAGGUUACCUUACAGAGUGGGACUGUACACAAACUCUGCACCCUCGAGGGGAUCCCACUGUCCACAGGGACUGCUCUGGUGAACGGCCAUUACUAUGUGGCUGUUGGAGAAGAAGAGUUCAAGGCCCUCCCCUAUAUGGAGCUGCUGGUGCCCAGCCCCUCUCUGUCCAGGGGCUGCUGGUGUCCUCCAGGCCUGACCUACAAAGCCCACAGGAAGAGGGUCCAGGGCUACAGGGCCCCAGCAGCCCAGCCUUGCCCAAAGGAGCUGGGGGAAACCGGGCCAUCCGCUUUCUAUGCCAGGUCCCGGCAGCCCUGGCAGUCAUGGAGCAAGCUCCCUGCUCUCUCUUCUGCGUCAGGAGUUACGGGAGUGUAUGGGGCUCCUUACCCGAGGAAGGAGACAGCUGGGGCUCAGGAAGUGGAUGAGGAUGAGAACACCUGCACAGAGGAGCCUGUGGAUCAGUCAGCCAAAGCGCUGUAA